AUGACUAAUUAUGAGUUGAAUUGCAUCGAUUUUGAUGAAAUUAUAGAAAUUAAUAGUGGUAAUUCAGGUGUGAUUUAUAAAUUUGAAUGUAAAUGUUGCAAAGUUAUGAGAGCCCUUAAACGCCUAAGAGAUAGUACACAAAAUCAAAAUUUUAACAACGAGGUUGAAAUCUUGCGAAAUGCUCAAGGUCAUCCUAACAUCAUUACUUUCUAUGGAGUUGUUAAAG